CAUGUCUCCAGACAAGAAAUGAAAACGUUGCUGUUAUCUGGAUUUCUUUUAUUUGGCGACUGAAAGCUUUUUCAAAAUGCCAAAGGCAAACUCACCUCCCACUUCACCAGUAGCUGAACUAGGCUUGACUGUCAAGUCACAAGUCAAGACCUCAUCGGGUCUUAGUGCAGCAGUGGAAGCUGCGAAGCAGCGAUUUGUCGAGAGAAACCCCGCGUCGGCGAAGUUUUUCGAAGAUGCCACGGAAUAUCUUCCUGGCGGAAAUACGAGAACCCUAUUAUACUCUGCUCCUUUCCCAAUAUGCAUGAAGAAAGGAGAAAAUUAUCAAGUGUUUGAUGAAGAUGGACAUACAUACACUGACUUCGUUGGCGAACUCACGGCUGCCUUGUAUGGACACUCUCAUCCUCUGAUCAAAGAGUCUCUCAUCAACACGAUCAACACUGUUGGACUAAAUCUCGGUGCUACAAUUGCCCAAGAAGCAAAGCAUGCCAAACUCAUUUGCGAACGCUUCAAUCUUUCCAAAGUCCGCUUCUGCAACUCAGGAACGGAAGCCAAUUUACAUGCUCUAGCGGGAGUACGUCACUUCACUGGAAAACGAAAGGUAGUGGUGUUCAGCGGUGGAUAUCACGGUGCCGUGUUAGGAUUCUGGGAUGGUGUCCAAGAGAACGGAGUUGACAAGCACGAAUGGGUCAUUGGAAAAUACAACGACGUGGAAGGAGCCAAGAAGCUGAUUGAACAAGAUGAUAUUGCUGCUGUGCUCGUCGAGGGUAUGCAAGGCGCCGGUGGUUGUAUUCUGGGGACCAAUGAGUUCUUGCUUCAGCUACAAGAGAGUGCCAGGAAAGUAGGUGCAUGCUUCAUCUUGGACGAAGUCAUGACUUCACGACUUGGACCUUCUGGGUUGCAGGGUAUCGAAGGACUUUCCCCGGAUAUCACUACAUUCGGCAAAUAUCUCGGUGGCGGUCUUGCAUUUGGAGCUUUUGGCGGCAGAGCAGAUAUCAUGGCCGUUUACGACCCUCGCUCGCCUAACUCUCUGGCUCACUCUGGAACAUUCAACAACAAUACACUUGCCAUGAAUGCUGGCUUCGUUGGUCUCAGUGAGAUCUGGAAGCCAGAUGUUGCAGUUGAGUUCAACAAGAUUGGCGAUGCCUUCAGAGCAAGCCUACAGGAGGUCACCAAUAGCACAAAGAUGAGCGUCACUGGACGAGGAGCGUUGAAUGCCAUCCACUUUUCGGAUAAUGGCCUGACAAAGAUUUCUUGCAGAGAGGAUAUUGACGAAGAUUGGGGCUUGAAAGACUUGUUCUAUAUGGAGAUGAUGGAAGAUGGCUUUUGGAUUACCAGGAGAGGAAGCAUCGCGAUGAUUUUGGAUACACCUCAAAGCGAGUUGGAUCGCUUCGUUGAUUGCGUGGGAAAGUUCUUGGAAAGACACAAGAGCUUGGUGUCUUUGUAGAUUCAUUUGCUCGUAAUUUUUAUCUCAUAUUCUGUUCACUUAAUUACUGGAUUAAUAUGAACUUUUUGAUUGGACUGUCAUAUGAUUCUUUUUCCGUCUUGAUCCUUAACUCCGAAGCUCUUGAUACCAAUUUCCAGCAAUUUCCCUUUCGCCUCAUUAAAUGGAUCCGGCCUUGCUCCAUAAACUCCAAUCAUUAUAGUCUCAACACCGCUCCUUUCCUCCUCCAAGAAGACCCAUGGCACUUUCCUCACCAAAGUCCUCUUCUUCACCUCGCUUACAGUAUAAAUCAUCAACGCAUCACCAAAUCUUUCCAUCUCAAGAGUCAUUUUGUACGUUCCAGUCGCAGUAAUCUGACCAGGUUCGAACAAACUCCAAUCACUCCAUUUUUCUCUCACAACGAUACUUCCCCAUGCCUUUCCUUCCCAGACUUCGAUCC